AGGACUAGACAACAUCCAGACGUCCCGUAGACACUCGGUUCUCCUCAAGUUGUUUAACCUGAAAGAGAUGAUUAACUGCCUCGAGGAUCUUAUCAACUACUUCGCUUACCCUUCUGACGACUUAGAACACAACGAGCGACAGGUGUCACUACGUGCCUUGAGGAACCGCCAAGACCUGUUCCAAGAGGAAGGUAUCCUCAACCUGAUUCUGGACGCUAUUGACAAGAUCACCCUCAUCACCCAGCAAGGUUACCUGGUGGCUCUCGCGGGGGAAGAGGCUGGCCAGGACUGGGAUAUCAUUUCAGGCUACCUCUACCAGCUGCUGGCGGCCGUCAUCAAGGGGAACCACACCAACUGCUCCCAGUUCGCCAACAGUCACCGUCUCAACUGGCUCUUCUCCCGCCUGGGGUCUGCUGGUGAAGGCACUGGCAUGCUCGACGUACUCCACUGUGUCCUCAUGGACUCUCCAGAGGCCCUCAACGUUAUGAAGGAGGAACACAUCAAGGUCAUCAUCGCUCUGCUGGAGAAGUACGGGCGUGACCCUAAGGUGCUGGAUGUGUUGUGUUCCUUGUGUGUGGGUAACGGCACCGCUGUCCGCUCCUCUCAGAACAACAUCUGUGAUUACCUCCUGCCUGGCCGCAACCUUCUCCUCCAGACCCAGCUAGUGGACCAUGUCUCCAGCGCGCGACCCAACAUCUUCGUGGGAUUCGUGGAAGGCUCAGCCAUUUACCAAAAGUGGUAUUUUGAAGUGACGCUGGACCACAUCGAGCAGACGUCACACCUUCCCCCCCAUCUACGACUGGGUUGGGCCAAUACCAAGGGCUACGUCAGCUACCCUGGCGGCGGCGAGAAGUGGGGUGGCAAUGGUGUUGGUGAUGACCUCUACUCCUUCGGCUUUGACGGUUCUUUCCUGUGGACGGGCGGUCGAUACACCCUCGCCAACCCCAUUGACUCUCUGCCGCUCAUCAAGAAGGGUGACGUGAUCGGCUGUGCCCUCGACCUGACUGUGCCCAUCAUCACCUUCUAUGUGAAUGGCCGUCAGGUGAACGGCGCUUUCACGGGCUUCAACCUGGACGGCAUGUUCUUCCCUGUGGUAUCGGCCUCUGCCAAGCUCAGCGCGAGGUUCCUGCUAGGUGGUGAACACGGCAGACUUAAGUACCCGCCCCCUGAGGCCCAUUCAUCUGUGUCCGAGUGUCUCCUGCCCUUCCAAACGCUGACGAUCGAUCCGUGCUUCUACUUUGGUGACCAACACAAGGGCACGCUAGCCGGCCCUCUCUUGAUCCAAGACGACCUCGUGUUUGUGCCCAAACCCGUCGACACUUCUGCCAUCCAGCUGGCGGCGUACAUCGAGCAGGUGCGAGACAAGUUGGCUGAGAACAUACACGAGAUGUGGGCCAUGAACAAGAUCGAGCAGGGGUGGACCUACAGCGAGCGACGAGACGACCUGCGCCUCCACCACCCCUGCCUCACCUCCUUCGAGAAGCUCCCACCCAGCGAAAAGCGAUACGACGCCACCCUCGCCCUCCAGACCCUCAAGACCGUGUUGUCUCUGGGGUACCACAUCACCAUGGACAAACCUCCCAGCCGCAUCCGCUCCGUCAGGCUGCCCAACGACCCCUUCCUGCAGUCCAACGGCUACAAGCCCCAGCCCCUCGACCUGUCCCAGAUAAGCCUCACGUCCAAGCUGGAGGAGUUGGUGGACCAAUUAGCAGAGAACACCCACAACAUCUGGGCACGCGAGCGUAUCAUGCAGGGGUGGACAUACGGUCUUAAUGAGGACCCUGACAUGCGCCGCUCACCUCACCUCGUCAGCUACGGCAACGUUGACGAAGCCAUCAAGAAGGCUAACCGAGACACCGCCUCCGAGACCAUCAGAACACUGCUCGUGUACGGGUACAUCCUCGAGGCUCCCACCGGCGACCAAGCUGACGCCGCGGCAGCAGCACAAGUGAGCCACAAGAGAGGCACUCCUCACCGCACCUACCGCCUGGAGAAGACCAACGCCGUCACCUCGGGCAAGUGGUACUUCGAGAUGGAGGUUCUCACCUCCGGUCCCAUGCGUGUGGGGUGGAUAGAGACCGGCAGCCCACCCGGAACAGAAUUGGGCUGCGACGACAAAUCUUGGGCUUUCGACGGAUUCCGUGAAGAAAAGUGUUUUGCGGGCGUGUUGGACAGCUACGGCCACAAGUGGCUGGUUGGAGACGUGGUUGGCGUGUGCCUUGAUCUUGUCGACAGAACCAUUAGCUUUUCACUCAACGGAGAGUUGAUGAUGGACGCCAGUGGCUCUGAGACAGCCUUCAGUGACGUGCAUGGCGAGGCCUUCGUCCCCGCCUGCACCCUCGGCGUAGGACAGAAGGCUCACCUUGUCUUCGGCCAAGACAUCAACCAGCUUAAAUUUUUCACCACCUACGGUCUUCAGGAGGGUUAUGAGCCAUUCUGCGUGAACAUGGAAAGGCCGGUGACCUAUUGGUACACCAAGGACCAGCCCAUCUUCGAGAACAACGAAGAGCUGCAGGAGUCCACCAUCGACGUGACGCGUAUCCCGGCCGGUUCCGAGACGCCGCCGUGCCUCAAGAUCGCCUCCAAGAUGUUCGAGCAAUGUGAGAAAGCCAACUGGGAGUUCCUGAGGGUGUCGCUGCCGGUGGUGUGUGACCAGGUCUUUAUAGAUGAGGAGGAGAAGGCUGUUCGCUGGCAGGAGGUCAGGAACCGACAACACAGACUUCAACAUGGUGAUGUUCAGCCCUCCAUAGCCUUCCAGAGCUCUCUCGUCGACACCGGCUUCUCCCUCUCUGACAUCAAAGAGCUGCAUUACAGCAACGAGGAGGGUGUGGAGGCUGACGAGGGCAUCGCCAGGAAGACCGCCCCUGUUGAGAAGACUACACCUGAACCUGGUACACUGACGGCGGAGGUGCAGGCCGACACCCAGGAGGCGACACCGGAACCAGCAGAGAGGAAGAAGCGUGGCAAGUCGCCCUUCAGCAUGGACCUGAUACGUGAGGACCUGACGGAACGGCGCCUCAGGUUCAAGAGCAGACAGUUCCACACCGCCGUGACCGCCGUCAUGGCUGCCAGGUUCUUCAGUAAAAAGCGUGAGGCGAGUGCUGACCGCUCCAGAAGUAAAGGCCGCACCCCAGAGCCCUCUUCCAACAGCUUGGAAGUGCCUCGCCCCGGCAGGAAGAACCGUUCUCCCUCCGUCAGGCUCUCUCAGGGCAUAGAGACCAAGUUGGUGCCUCCAGCUAUUCCUGAGAGACAGGGUGCCACGGAGGAGCUGCGGGAGGAGGAGCUAUUUGAUCCUGAGUGCCUCAAGCUGAUGAACGAAUACUUCUAUGGUGUGAGGAUCUUUCCCGGUCAGGACCCCGCCCACGUCUACAUAGGUUGGGUCACCACGCAGUACCAUAUCCACGACACCGCCUUCGACCAGAGCAAAGUGCGCUCCGUCAUCGUGCAAGAGUACACCGAGGAGGGACACAUCCAGAAUGCCGUGGAGCGUCACAGCUGUUACAUGUUCCGCGCUGACGAGCUGCAUGCGGAGGUGACGUCAGACACAGGCAGUAAGGGUGCCUCUCAGGGCAUGUUCAUCGGUUGCUUCAUCGACACUUCGACGGGCUUCAUCACGCUGCAGUGUGACGGCAAGGACACGCGACACAAGUACCGCAUGGAGCCCGGCACCAAGCUCUUCCCUGGGGUGUUCCUGGAGCCUACCAGCAAGGAGGUGCUGCAGAUCGAGUUGGGUCGUACCCCCAACACGCUGCCCCUGAGUGCGGCCGUCCUCCAGAACAGUGAUAAACAUGUCGUGCCCCAGAUGCCCCCCCGCCUCAAAGUCCAGAUACUUAAGCCUUACCAGUGGUCACGGGUACCCAACACGUCACUCAGAAUUCACGCCCUCAAACUCUCUGACAUCCGCGGCUGGUCCAUGCUGGCUGAGGACUCCGUGCCGAUGCUCGCCCUCCACAUCCCUGAGGAGGAUCGAUGCAUCGACAUCCUCGAAUUGAUCGAAUACGACAAGUUACUGAGCUUCCACUCUCACACACUUGCUCUGUACUGCGCCGUGUGCUAUCAGAGCAAUUACCGCGCCGCCCACACCCUCUGUUCUCACGUCGACCAGAAACAAUUGCUGUAUGCCAUGCAGAGCGAGUACAUGUCUGGCCCUCUCCGAAUGGGCUUCUACAACCUCCUGAUAGCGUUGCAUCUUGAGAGCUUUGCUAACACAAUGGAGGUCACCCACAACGAGUUCAUCGUGCCGCUGAGCAGCGAGCUGAAGGAAAUCUACUCUGAGGAAGGAAUGGGCAACUCCAUGUCCGCCAUCCACACCGAGUCCGUCCGUCCCGUCAUGUCUAUGUCUGAUAUCACUCAUCUGGUAAACCCCGAGACUAUCUCCAUCCAUUCCACUCACGUGUCCAGCACCAACAUAGAGACCAUCAAGGGGCUCUCCUCACCUUACUUCCCACUCGACGUAGCCAGAGAGUUCGUCAUGAAUGCCCUCGCAGAAGCCGUCAAGACCAAUCAGAUCCACAACAGAGAUUCCAUCGGCGGCAGCAACGAAAAUCUUUUUGUGCCGCUGCUGAAACUGGUAGACAAGCUGCUGUUGGUGGGCAUCCUGCAGGACGACGAUAUCAAACGACUCCUCCUUAUGAUCGACCCUCAGACGUGGGACCCAGACUUUGAGCCAGAGGGUAAAGACGAAAACCGUAUAGGUAUUUUGUCGAUGGAGGUCGCUGAGGGCGUGAAGCUACAGCUGUGUUACGUGCUGCACCACCUCCUCGAUGUGCAGAAGCGUCAUCGUGUUGAGUCUCUCAUUGCCUUCGCUCAAGACUACGUGGGCGAGAUCCAACAAGAUCAGCUAAGGCGGUACAUUGAGAUCAAGCAGUCAGACUUGCCGUCCUCUGUGGCUGCCAGGAAGACCCGCGAGUUCCGUUGUCCUCCCCGAGAGCAGAUGAAUGCCAUCUUGGGAUUCAAGAACCUUACCGACGAGGAACUUGAGGAGACACCCUGCGGAGAGGACCUCAGGAAGGAACUACAAAACUUCCACGAACAGCUCAGGGCCAAAGCCAAGAUACCAGGAUCUGAAGAAGUGGGAGAGUCUGAGGAGGUACCACCACCGGAGAGCAAAGGCGUGGUGGCCAAGUUCCUGGGUAUCCUAGGUGGCGCGAAGGAGGAGAUAACGGAGACGGCGCCGCCUGAACCUGUGGUGUUAGAUGCCGCAGAUAAGUUCAAGAAGGUCCUCGUGGAAACCAUCGUCCGCUGGGCUUCAGAAUCCUUCAUAGAAACUCCUGUUCUUAUUAGAGAAAUGUUCAGCCUGCUACUGCGGCAGUACAAUAGCAUCGGCGAGAUGAUGGCGGCGCUAGAGAGGACUUACGUUAUAAGCAGCAACACCAAGAAAGAUGUCGAGACGCUGUGGCUGUGCCUCAGUAAGGUGCGCGCCCUCCUACCUGUCCAGAUGUCCCAGGAGGAAGAGGCUCUCAUGAGGGAGCUGCUCUGGACGCUCGUCAACAACCAUAUCUUCUUCCAACAUCCUGAUCUGAUCCGCAUCUUGUGCGUGCACGAGAACGUCAUGGCUGUGAUGAUGAACACACUGGGGCGGCGCGCACAGGCGGUGGGCGAAACGCAGACAAGUGACGGCGAGGUGACACAAGCCAAGGAGAAGGACACGUCGCACGAGAUGGUGGUGGCGUGCUGCAAGUUCCUGUGUUACUUCUGUCGCACGGGCCGCCAGAACCAGAAGGCUAUGUUCGACCACCUGCCCUUCCUGCUAGAGAACUCCUACAUCCUGCUGUCCAGGCCUUCCCUACGAGGCACUACGCCCCUUGACGUCGCUUACUCCUCCCUCAUGGACAACACCGAGCUGGCCCUGGCCCUCAGGGAAUACCACCUGGAGAAGAUUGCUGUUUACCUGUCUCGCUGCGGCCUGCAGAGCAACAGCGAGCUGGUGGAGCGUGGCUACCCAGAUCUGGGCUGGGACCCUGUGGAGGGCGAGCGUUAUCUGGACUUCCUUAGGUUCUGCGUCUGGGUGGGAGGUCUGAACCGGGACCAGGAGCUGCAAGGUGAGAGCGUCGAGGAGAACGCCAACCUCGUCAUCCGUCUGUUGAUCCGCAAGCCUGAAUGUCUGGGCCCGGCGCUGCGAGGCGAGGGUGAAGGUCUGCUGCGUGCCAUCAUCGACGGUAACAAGAUGUCAGAGCGCAUAGCAGCGCAGCGUCUGGGCGCAGAGGCUGAGGGAGCAGUUCCUAUCGACCACCCGAUGCCAACCGGCGACGACGACGAGGACUACAUCGACACAGGUGCCGCCAUCCUCGCCUUCUACUGCACCUUGGUGGACCUGAUGGGCCGCUGUGCUCCCGAGGCUAAUGUUAUCGCCCAAGGCAAGAACGACAGUCUGCGAGCCCGAGCCAUCCUCCGCUCCCUGGUGCCCCUCGAGGACCUGCAGGGUGUGUUGUCGCUGCGCUUCACACUGUCCAGUACUGCGGCUGAGGAAGGCCGCAGUGACGUUCCUCCCGGCCUCAUCCCGGCACACAAGCAAAGUAUCGUCCUCUUCCUGGAGCGAGUCUACGGCAUGGACAACGUCGAGCUCUUCUUUAGUCUCCUGGAGGACGCUUUCCUUCCUGACAUGCGUGCUGCCACUUCUUUAGAUAAGUCUGACGGAUCCGAGUCGGAGAUGGGUCUGGCCCUCAACCGGUAUAUUGGUAACUCCAUCCUGCCUGCCCUCAUCUCUCACUCCAGCUUCUACGCCGAGGCUGACCAACAUGCGCCACUCCUCGAUGCCACCUUACACACAGUCUACCGCCUCUCCAAGUGCAAGAUCCUUACCAAGGGGCAGCGUGAGGCAGUGUCCGACUUCCUCAUUGCACUGACCAGGGAGAUGCAGCCCGCCGCCCUCCUGCCUCUCCUGCGUAAACUCACCAUUGACGUCUCCAACCUCUCUGAGUACACCACUGUCGCUCUCAGGCUGCUAACUCUGCAUUACGAGCGCUGCGGCAAAUACUACGGCACCUCUUCCAACACCCCGGGCACUGCCUCUGAGGAGGAGAAGAGGCUCACUAUGAUGCUUUUCACCAACAUCUUUGACUCCCUUGCCAAGAUGGAGUACGAUCCUGAACUCUUCAGUAAGGCUCUUCCCUGCUUAUCGGCUAUUGGUUGUUCACUACCUCCUGACUACUCACUGACACACGGCCACGAGGACGAGCUCUACAACACCUCCUCCUGCGCUGAGGGUCCCUACAAGCCCACGCCCAUCGAUACUAUGGAAGUGCAGCUGGACCAGGACAUCACGGACCUCAUCAAGAAGUUCAGCGAGCACUACCACGACGCCUGGGCCUCUCGCAAGCUGGAGAGUGGCUGGUCCUACAGUGAAUCUUACUCAUCUGAGGAGAAACUUCACCCAAGGCUCAAACCCUACUCUAUGUUGUCUGACUAUGAGAGGGAGCGCUACCGGGAGCCAGUGCGCGACGCCAUCAAGGCGCUUCUGGCCAUCAACUGGAACAUCGAGUACGAGAGCACAGAAGGCCUCAGUACUAGUGGUCGAGAGCAGCUGCACCGUCAAGAUACUUCGGACCUGUACAAUUAUAACCCUCAGCCAGUAGACAUGACCAACCUGACGCUGUCCAGGGAGAUGCAGAACAUGGCUGAGCGCCUGGCUGAGAACGCUCACGACAUCUGGGCCAAGCGCAAGAAGGAGGAACUGGAGGCAUGCGGUGGCGGCAUUCACCCCCAGAUGGUGCCUUACGACAUGUUGACAGAGAAGGAAAAGCGUAAAGAUCGCUUCCGGUCUGUCGAGCUGCUCAAAUAUCUUCAGUUUAUGGGCUACCGAUUGACCAGGGCCCAUGGUGAUGGUGACGAUGGCGGGGCUGCCUCUGGAGCGGUGGAGCGCCGCUUCGCAUACAGUCUUUUGGAGAAACUGUUGCAAUACCUCGACUGCGCUGCCAUCAACAUGAAGCUAUUCAGGCCAUCGUCUAACCUCUCCAGACGCAACUCCUUCAAGACUUCCACCAAGGACGUCAAGUUCUUCUCUAAGGUCGUCCUCCCGUUGAUGGAGAAAUACUUCAGCACCAACCGUAACUACUUCCUGGCGGUGGCGCUGACGACGAACAUGGUGGGUGCAGCGUCCCUCAGGGAGAAGGAGAUGGUCGCUUCCCUCUUCUGUAAACUGUCCAAUCUGAUGCGUAUUAAGAGCGUCUGCUUUGGCUCUGACACGAAGGUGACAGUCAAGUGUCUUACGGUAAUCGUCCGGGCUGUUGACGCCAAGACGCUGGCCAAGAGUCUGCCAGAAUUCGUCCGCACCUCCAUGUUAACCUUCUUCAAUAACUCUGCCAUCGACUUAGAACACUGCAUCCAUUGUCUGCAGGAGGGUAAAUAUGCCUACAUCCGCGGCACCCACCUCAAGACGUCCGCCUCCCUAAACUACAUCCAGACAGUGCUGCUGCCUGUCCUCACCUCUCUCUUCGACCACACCGCCGCCUGCGAGUUCGGCCAAGACGUCCUCUUGGACGAGAUUCAGGUGGCGUGUUACAAGAUGUUGGCAGCACUCUACCAGCUGGGCACCGACCUUAGUUUGGACGGGGGCAAGACCUUUAUGAAGAAGGAGUUGAAUCGCCAUCGACCUUCCAUCGGCAACUGUCUGGGAGCCUUCGCCGCUACCUUCCCCGUCGCUUAUUUGGAACCCAUGAUGAACAAGAACAACCCAUGGAGUAUACACAACCGCAUCGCUGACCAGUCCCUCGAAGCUCAAGAAAUCAUCGUGAAAAUGGACACGGCGAUGCCUACACUGGAGACCGUGUUGAAGCAGGUGGAGAAGUUUGUGGAGGAUGAGUCUAAACACACGGACCAGCCACACAUCAUCGACGUGGUGCUGCCUAUGUUGUGUUCUUAUCUUUGGUGGAAUCAAGGACCCGACAACGUCAACCCAUCCGAGGGGAACCACGUGUCGAUGGUGACGUGUGAGCACAUGAACCAGCUGCUGCGGCUGGUGCUGCGAUUGAUCAUGUACAACGUCGGGGUGGAGAAUGCCCCCUGGAUGACGCGUAUAGCCGGCUACACCCAGCAGAUCAUUAUCAACUCCAGCGAGGAGCUACUCAGGGACGCAUACCUGCCCCUGGCUGACCGCGUCCACAAGCGUGCUGACCACAUGUUCAACAAGGAGGAAAACCUCAAGAGCUUCCUCAAGUCCACCACCGAGGAUACCAGCCAGGUGGAGGGCCAGCUGCAGGAGGAGUGGCAGCUGCUGACCCGAGACAUCUACGCCUUUUACCCUCUCCUCAUCAAGUACGUCGACCAGCAGAGGAACUACUGGCUCAAGAACGGUGUCCCCGAGGCUGAGGACGUCUACAACCGCGUCGCCCAGAUCUUCCACAUCUGGUCCAACUCUCAGUACUUCCGUCGUGAGGAGACCAACUUCAUUAGCCAGAAUGAGAUCGACAACAUGACCCUCAUCAUGCCCACUGCCUCUUCCCGCAACCGUGCGUCUGCUGCACCCGACGCCGCGCCUGGAGGAGGGAAGGUCAAACAAAGUGGACUUCAGGUGAUGGCAAAGAAAAAGAAGCGCACGGGCGGCAAGAAAACCAGCAAGGAAAAGGAGCUGGCGUCCUCUCUGAUGGUGGCCUGCCUCAAGCGUCUCCUGCCUGUAGGUCUCAACCUUUUCGCUGGCAGAGAACAAGAGCUCGUCCAACACUGCAAGGAGAAGUACCUUGCUAAAAUUUCAGAGUCAGAGAUCCAAGACUUCGCUAAGACUCAACUCACCUUACCGGACAAGUACGACCCUUCAGACUCCAUGAACUGGCAGCACACGUUGUACUCCCGGCUGGGCGGUGGUCGUGUGCCGCGAGAAGAGGACGACGAUAAGAAGCUGGUGCCCACCGUCGACGACACCGUCGAUCGCAUCGUCGCUAUGGCUAAAGUUCUUUAUGGCCUUCAUAUCAUUGACCACCCGCAGUCCUCCAAGGAGGUUUGGCGUUCUGUUGUCUCUAUCCAGAGGAAGCGAGCCGUCAUCGCCUGCUUCAGACAAACGUCGCUACACAUGAUGCCAAGGCAUCGCGCUGUCAACCUGUUCCUCCGCACCUACCGGGAGUACUGGUUGUCUGACGAGAACGUGGGCCAGGAGGUAGUCAUCGAAGACCUCACGCAAUCGUUCGAGGAGGCAGAGAGCAAGAAGAAGGAGGCUGAGGAAGACGAAGGUAAACCCGACCAGCUUACACAACUGGUAACGACCUUUAGCCAUAAGGCGACGACGGAGCACACAGGAGUCUUGGCCGAGGACCCACUCUAUAUGUCCUACGCUGAGAUCAUGGCCAAGUCCUGUGGUGAAGAGGAAGAAGAGGAAGGAGACGAUGAAGGCGGUGAGGAAGAUGGAGGCAACGAGGAUCCCACAGCGGCUCUUAAUGCUCUCCCUCGCGGCCGCUCCCGGACCAUGGAGGACCUGAUGGAGCAAGAGUUGGAGAAGCAGAAGCUGUUGUUCCACCAGGCACGUCUUGCCAACCGAGGGGUGGCAGAGAUGGUGUUGUUACAUGUAUCGGCGACCCGCGGCCAGCCAGGAGAGAUGGUCAUGACCACCCUCAAGCUGGGUAUUGCCAUUCUCAGGGGUGGCAACGUCGACUGUCAAGCGGCCAUGUUGAAUUACCUGAAGGAGAAGAAGGACGCUUCCUUCUUCCUUUCCAUCGCCGGGUUGAUGAACUCCUGCACAGUGCUGGACCUUGACGCCUUCGAGCGCAACACCAAAGCCGAGGGUUUGGGUGUGGGCGCUGACGGAUGCGCCGGCGAGAAGAACAUGCACGACGCAGAGUUUACCUGUGCGCUCUUCCGCUUUAUCCAACUCACCUGUGAAGGCCACAACCUGGACUGGCAGAACUACCUGAGGACGCAGGCAGGUAACACGACGACGGUGAACGUCAUCAACUGCACAGUAGAUUAUCUGUUGCGCCUGCAGGAGUCCAUCAUGGACUUUUACUGGCACUACUCCUCCAAGGAGAUCAUUGACCCCGCCGGCAAGUCCAACUUCUUCAAGGCUAUUGGUGUGGCCAGUCAGGUGUUCAACACGCUGACUGAGGUGAUCCAGGGCCCAUGUGUGGGCAACCAGCAGACCCUGGCCCACUCCCGUCUGUGGGACGCCGUCGGGGGCUUCCUCUUCCUCUUCUCCCACAUGCAGGACAAGCUCAGUAAGCAUUCCUCUCAGGUCGACCUCCUGAAGGAGCUCCUCAACCUGCAGAAGGACAUGGUCAUCAUGAUGCUCUCUAUGCUGGAGGGUAAUGUGGUGAACGGCACCAUCGGCAAGCAGAUGGUGGACACACUGGUGGAGAGCGCCUCCAACGUCGAGCUGAUUCUGAGGUACUUCGAUAUGUUCCUAAAACUGCGGGACCUCACCAGCUCCACCACCUUCCAGGAGUUGGACAUGAACAAGGACGGAACAGUUACUCCAGCGGAGUUUAAGGAAAAGAUGGAACAGCAGAAAAACUACACCACAGAGGAAAUCAACUUCCUGUUGAUGUGUUGUGACUGUAACCACGACGGCAAGAUUGACUACGUGGAGUUUACUGAGCGCUUCCACAACCCAGCCAAGGAGAUCGGCUUCAACCUGGCAGUGCUGCUCACCAACUUGUCCGAGCACAUGCCCAACGACCCACGUCUCGCUAGGUUCCUUGAGACAGCGGGUUCAGUCCUCAAUUACUUCGAACCAUUCCUGGGUCGUAUUGAAAUCUUAGGCAGCUCUAAACGUAUCGAACGAGUGUACUUUGAAAUCAAGGAAGAAAACAUUGACCAAUGGGAGAAACCUCAGAUUAAAGAGUCCAAGCGAGGCUUCUUCUACGCCAUCGUGACAGAGGGCGACAAGGAAAAAUUGGAGGCCUUCGUUAACUUCUGUGAGGACGCCAUCUUUGAGAUGCAGCACGCGGCGGCGCUCAUGGAGGAGGAGGACGACGCACUGGCCAAGAAGAUCGACGCCGAUGCCCUCAAGUACCUGAGUGAAGACGAGGAGGAAAAGACGGGCAUGGACCUGAUAAAAGCAAAGAUCGGAGGCGUGAAGGACCAUAUGCUGGAGACACUAUCUGUGUUGGCUCCAUCUAACUUGAAGAGGAAGAUAAAAGAGAUCAAACAGAUGACUCCCGCUGAACUGGCCGUCGGUUUCUGUCGUCUGCUGUUCCUGAUGAUGUAUCACAGCGUCUUCGGCAUCUUCUACAUGUCUCGCAAGGUGUGGGGCGCCAUCAUGAGCCUCAUGCAAGGACCGCCCGUCGAGCAGGCUGAGGCGAAGCAACAGAAGUCUGGCCCGCUGGUGCCUUUAUCCGUCCCAGCGUUACCGGGUGUCAUGGAAGGAGAGCCGCCACCACCUCCAUCAGAAAUUAAGCCUGAGGGAGAACAACUCUCGCUGGAGGCCAAGCCAGAAGACACCUUGGAUGAGGAGAAGAUGAAGCCCAUGCUGGAUGCUCUGGCCGAACUCAAGGACGACAUCACCCCAGAGCAGGCCAUUGCUGCUGUCAAGACUGCAGGAGACGCCGGGGAAUUAGACUAUGCAGCUGCUGAGAAGAAGGCCGUGGAGGCUGCCCAGCAGGAGGCCAUGGCGGAGGCCGAGGUGCAGCCUUCAGCCGCCGCUGCUGAACCUCCCCCAGUUGCCCAGGACUCCUCUGCCCCCAGCCCUGAACCUGUCCCGCCCUCCUCACCACACACCCUUCCCACCACACCCAGUACCUCUGUCACGUCACCACAUCACUCUCCUCCACUGUUUAGCUCUCCAUCUCGCCCCGGUCCCCCCCAUCAACCCACCUCUAUCUUCCUAUCUCGCUCCACACAUCCUACCAUCCCUGAGGACAGUAUCUUCUCCACAUGUACGAUAGACGCCACCAUAGACACGUCUACCUCCACUGGUAUCUUCAGCUCGAGUACUUCCCCAGGUGACGAAACAAUAGGAGUGAGGAAGAGCGUGACGUUACCUUCACUGCGUCAUGACCCAGCGAGGGGCGUCACUCACUCUCUCAGUCACCAGUCCUCACUCCAACACCACCACACUCAACAACACUCUUCUCUAAUUUCUAGUCCAUUGUCCUCUCAUCUCUCAUCCUCAUUAUCUCUCUCAUCUAAGUCAAUACCAUUUACGUCCGUACCCACGACGACUGAAACAGACAAACACCGCAGCUUACAGCACACUCCCACAAAACCUAAGGCUGCCUCUAGAACAAGACAUUCCACUUCUCCAUCAUCAGUGCCGUCCCUCUCAAGCCCUCCUUCAGGUCUAGAAACAACGUUCAAAUCAACACCCACCAGUUUAUGCCAAGCAACUCUCGUCUCGAUUGUCGCGGCAGCGGAGUCAUCAGGAGAUGCACUACAACAGACCACCCCACUUAGCUCUCCUUCCGCUCUGCAGCCAUCAUCGACUGUUUCUGAUGAAUCAUUGCAUUCCCGUCUUGUUUGUAGUCAAAGAGCUUCCUCCCCAACACAGAUCACUCACUCCCAGUCGGCGCCAGGAGUGUCACUUGGUCAUUUAUCGGACCCGUCACCGCCUCCGUCAUCACACUCCUUCACAGUCUUGACAACCUCCGAUCAGUCUCUAACAACUUCAAUACAACUCAGAGAAACUUCACCUACCUGUACUUUACGGAGACGUGUCAUCUCACAGGUUGACCAAGAAGCACAUGCGUCUUCUUCUCUCCCACUUCCUUCAUCACAAGCUUCCACCUCCCAGUUAGUCAGUUUUUCCUCUGAACCACCACUUAGUGACACUGUGGAUACAGAAAAUGAACAUAUACUGACUAUCUCUCUUCCCGAAACCUUACAAGCCACCGACCCACAACUUACUGCACUUAGAGUAACGUCACCUGAGUCUCUAUUAGUAGAGUCAUCACUCUUACAUCCCUUCCAGAGUUCUCUCGCUGAACACAGCCUCUACGGACACUCACUGCUGCACCCAGACCCAUCACUUCUUCACCCGUCACAUAUUGACCCAUCACAGCUGACUCCCUCCCCACCCUCCCCCACACAACCUCAUCCCUCAGACGCUACCCCAGCUCGACCCCCAACCCCAACAUUUCCUGCGGGUACUUAUACCCCUCCCAGCUCUGGGGUGCUGCAGAGGAUUGUUAAUCUCAUGGUGGACUUAAGCAGCUACAACAAGCGGAUUGUCAGCUUCCUGGCGAGGAACUUCUACAACCUCAAAUACGCGGCUCUCGUGCUUGCCUUCUGCAUCAACUUCAUCUUGCUCUUCUUUAAGGCCUCAGCUCUGGCUGGCGAGGAGGAGGAAGAGGAAGAGGUGGUAGUUCACAAUCCCUUCGCCUUUGGCUCUGGUGACCUGCUGGGGUCUGGUGACGGGGCGGUGCUGGGUGACGACGCGGAAGAACUUGGCUCUGGCAACUUUACUCUCGGCGAGGAUGACGGCGAUGACGACGACGAAGACGAGGACGAAGAGGCUGAAGAAUGGAUCCACAUGGACGACCGCUACUUCUACCUGGCCCACGUCAUCCGUCUCUUCUCCGUCACCCACAGCAUCGUCGCUCUUUGCAUGUUGCUUGCUUAUUACCACCUCAAGAUUCCGCUGGUGAUCUUCAAGCGUGAGAAGGAUGUUGCUCGUCGCCUCGAGUUUGACGGCGUCUACGUGGCUGAACAGCCCGAGGACGACGACAUCAAAGCUCAUUGGGACAAGCUGGUCAUCUCUGCUAAGAGCUUCCCCAACAACUACUGGGACAAGUUCGUCAAGAAGAAGGUGCGUCAAAAGUACAGCGAGACUUAUGACUUCGACGCCAUCUCCAACCUGCUGGGGAUGGAGACAACGAUGAGUUUCAAGCAGGAGGAGGCGUCUACAGGCAUCCUUGGCUACAUAACUUCAGUAGACUGGAGGUACCAAGUGUGGAAGGCUGGAGUCACUGUCACAGAUAAUCAAUUCCUGUACAACCUGUGGUACUUGACCUUCUCUGUGCUGGGCAACAUCAAUUACUUCUUCUUCGCCGCUCACCUGCUGGAUGUGGCUGUCUCCAUCCCCUCGCUCAAGACCAUCCUUCAGUCCGUCACCCACAAUGGCAAACAGUUGAUCUUGACUUGCAUGCUGCUGACAAUCAUCGUCUACUGCUACACUGUCAUCGCCUUUAACUUCUUCAGGAAGUUUUAUGUCUCUGAGGAAGAUGAUGUUGUCGACCAGAAGUGUCACGACAUGCUUACGUGCUUCGUGUUCCACCUGUAUAAAGGCGUUCGAGCUGGUGGUGGUAUUGGUGACGAGAUCGAGGCGCCAGACGGUGACGAGUACGAACUUUAUCGCAUCAUCUUCGACAUCACAUUCUUCUUCUUUAUUAUCGUCAUUCUGUUGGCUAUCAUUCAGGGUCUGAUCAUCGAUGCUUUUGGUGAACUGAGAGAUCAAUUGGAGUCUGUAAAGGAGAACCUCGAGAGUAACUGCUUCAUAUGUGGUAUGGGCAGCGACUACUUCGACGCGGUGCCGCACGGCUUUGAUAUGCAUGUAUUAAAGGAGCAUAAUUUAGCCAACUACAUGUUCUUCUUAAUGCAUCUGAUUAACAAAGACGACACGGAGUACACGGGGCAGGAGACGUACGUGUGGAAUAUGUACCAGCAGCGGUGUUGGGACUUCUUUCCUGUCGGCGACUGCUUCAGGAAACAGUACGAGGAGGAGCUGUCUGGCGGAGGUUCUGCCAGCUGAGCUACUAUGCGCUCUCCUCUCCUCCAUUAAUAUAUAUAUAUGUAACUGCUUCCAGUUCACCUGUAUGUGUGUGAAUAAUAUCUCGUUAUUAAAAAAAUAAACAAUCUCUAUGGAUGGGAUAGGUCAAGUGGGUCAGAGUAUAUAGUUAAAGGAUAACUUGUUUGCAGUACCAGAUUAAAACAGUGAUGGUGCUCCAUGUUGUACAGUGACCACUUUUCUGGAGCUUUUCUGUUCUAUACACAAUGUUCAUGUUUUGUUAUUUUCCGAGCUGUCAAUGAUAAUUGAGUGUGUUCCUCUGUCUCCUUUGUGGACUAUCUACUCACUUCUGUCACCACUGUGGUGACUAUGUAUUCAUGUUAGUUACCACUGUGGUGACUAUAUAUACAUAUGGGUAUCAUUCUUAUGAUGAGGACAAUAUCACUCAUGUUUUUCCUCAGCCUCAUUUGUACUAUGCAGUCGAACUCAUAAAUACGAUAAUCAGCGGAGGAAGUCACAGGUGAGUUGAAUUUUCCAAAAGAACUAACAGAUAUCAUAAACAGCGUUUAUAUCUCAGAAGAAACUGGUUCACAUGAGCAUUAGAGAACUUUUGUGAAAAUAAAAGAAAGUUGAAAAUUCUCUUCUCAGUUUUUCUAUUAUUGCUAAUUUAUUUUAGGAGAUUAGUCAAGCAGUCUAGAGCAGGGGUGAUAUAUAUAUAUAUAUAUAUAUAUA